ACAACUUUACUAUGGCAAAAACUUAAAAAAAGCCGGUUCAAUUGAUUCGUAUUUUAUUUUAUACAGCUAUUUUUUCUAGGAUCUUUUUUUAUAAAUACAGAAAUUGGAAUGAUGUUACAAUGUGACUAAGAUUCAAGGCUGGGAUGCUGGGAAGAAAUAUGAACAGUGGAGUACUGCUCACUUGGUUAUGUGUUCUCUGCGGAGUAAAGAGCUCCUCAGACUACCUACAAAACUGUAAGAACACCAAAAUCGAGGAGAAUGUCACUCUCAAAGGUGGUAUAGGAGCGGGAACAUUUCGAAAGCUUGGUAAAGUUACCAGCAUGGAGUCUUGUAUUGAACUGUGUUGCAAAACUGCGACUUGUGAUGUUGCCUUCCUCUCGGCGUCUAAGUGCUAUGGAGUCGAAUGCGUGAGUGAUGACGAGUGCAAGGCUACAGCUACUGAUACUUCUGAUAUUAAGGUGCUCAUAGCACACGUGCGAACGGGCCAUAAGAAAGAUAACACAUCAUUAGCUUUUAUCACUCCCAAUUUCACAUCAAAUGUUAAACCACAUCCAAAUGGUUUCUUGGGCCCAAAUCAGGCAGGGCCAUCUGCUGACACGCCAAAGGGCCUCAUUGCACAGGGACAAAAACCGUCGAACAAUGUGAACCCCUCUAUGGCUGGGCAAUGCCAGCCGGGAAAAGUUUUCAAGGAAGUGACUUUAAAAGGAGGCAUUAAUGCUGGUACAUACAAAGAUGUUGGCUCUGUGAAAAGCAUGGAGGAAUGUUCUGGUAAAUGCUGUGAAUUCGCUGCGUGUGAUUUGGCAUUUAUGCUUUCAAGUAGAUGUUAUCUUGUUGGAUGUUCAGAAGGAAAAAACUGUCAGAUACAAAAAGCAAAGCCUUCUCCGUACCAUCCAUCUGUGACUUAUAUUGAAAGAUGGAACAAGGAGGGCGUGAAACACUCAGUUUUUCUUGGCGACUCGGUCGAAACCAAAUUCACAUGCCCUACGGUAAAACCGUUGACCAAGGUGACAUUAAAAGGUGGACUCAAGGCUGGAGACUUCACGGACACAGGCAAAGUUGGAAGCAUAAAGGAAUGUUAUGAGACUUGCUGCCAGCAUUCUACAUGUAACCUGGCCUUUAUGCUUGGUCAAAAUUGCUUCUCGGUCAAAUGUUAUAGUAAAGACUUGUGCAGCACAAUCCCUGCGCAGCCUUCCAUCUUUAAUCCACAAAUCGCUUACGUUUGGAGCAGAAAUGAAAUGAAAAAUGACUCACCCAAAAACAAAAUACUGAAACCUCAGCUGGUUUGCCCAGCUGGGAAAGUUUUAGACAGCGUAACUCUUGUCGGUGGAAUUAAAUCUGGCUACUUCCGCGAUCAAGGAAAAGUUAAAGAUAUGGAUAAAUGCCGUCGAAUCUGCUGCGAGAUGCCGCACUGUCAUCUGGCCUUCAUGCUGUCUUCAAACUGCUUUUCAGUAGCAUGCAAAAGCGCUGAUGCAUGUAAGACUCAGGGGGCUAAUCCAUCGAGAUACAACCCUAAAAUAUCAUAUGUAAGGGAUUUUAAGACAAACGCAUUGCUAGGAGUCCCCAAGGUGACAGAAACACAAACAAAACAGACCAUCCCGGGAUUGACACAAACUCCAUUGGUGCAACUGACCACGCCAGGACAGGCACCCCAGAUCCCUGGAUUGAGCGGACCAGCGGCAGAUGUGACACAAAUGGCUCAGUUCUCGCAGACUCAAAUGCAAGGAGAGAACCCUGUUCCCGGGCUACAGCAGCUGCCACAACCAUUGGCACCACCUCCGCUUCCUCCAUCUCCAUUCGGGUCCAGCCCACCCGUCGAACAGAAUCCUAUGAUGCCACAACCAGGGAUUUCACUUGGCAACAAUGCAGCCAUGCAGCUUCCGAUUCCUCCCAUAAUACCGGCAGAGAAGAUACCACCGGUGGUUCCACAAACAUCCGCCGAAAAUCAGCCGAUCGCAAAUCAGCAGGAGACCAAGAAAAUUGAGAUUCCGGAUGCGCAGACCGAUCUAAGCCUUAAAAGUCAGAUCAAGUCAGCUGCAGCUGGUCAAGCUAUGAAAAUGAAUAUCGUAAACGGGAAAUUUGAAUUGACACCCGUCGGAGGUUCCAAUGUAUCCGAAGAUGACUCCGGCAAAACAUCGGAUAUUUCGCAUUCUUCGGAAUCGAAAGGCGAAGCAAAAAGCGAGCCAAGUAAAAAAGCUUGCGAGAGGGCGACGGUGCACAAAAAUGUAACUCUAAAGGGUGGGAAGAAGGCUGGAAAGUUUAACAACCAUGGUGAUGUGAAAGGAAUGGAAGAAUGCCAAGAUAUAUGCUGCAAGGAUGAAAAGUGUCAUGUGGCAUUUAUGCUCGGCGAGACCUGCUAUUCUGUAGCUUGUAAAAGUAAAGAACUCUGUGAACAUUCAAAAGCUCCCCCAACAGAUUACAAUCCU